CACUAUAAAGCGUUUGACCAGACAAACUGGAGCUUUAUUUAGCAUUGACUACUGCUGGCGCAAACAGCUUCAGCUUAACGGUGAAAUAGUACAAUUGUUGCGCUGCAAUUUAAGGACUAAAAAGUCUUACUUGCGAUUUUAGUAAAUCGAGCGCCCUUGACCACGGCAAGCAAACAUAAACGGACGUAGCACCCAUUAUAUUAAAAUGGCACAACAACAUAGACCUACUACAUUGGCAGCCGUCAACUAUCAGCGGAUAUAUCUCACUUUGGUGCUGUCAAUUGUGUGGCUGGUGAGUGACGCUUGCGCAGCGCCGAUGGUGAAUGCGUUGGCGGGCAUACCGCAGUACGGCACGCGUCAACAAGCCGAUAAGCAACUGACAUUGUUGAACGAACUGUUUAACAACGUUAAUGAGGAGGCACUCCUCACUGAAUUGAAGAAAUAUCGUCGCGAGCAGCCGAAUUAUCUGAGUAAGUGGCCCGGUUUACGCGAUCUCGUGCUAAUGCCAGACUACGCGGAUAUUGCUCUGAAUAACGAUGAUGGGGACGACAACUACGAGUUGCCCAGUUUCGAGGAGCGUCUAAAGCAGAUUUCAACAAAUGCGCUAGAUGGCGCUGAGGUUGCUCAUGAUUCUUCAGCAGGCAGGAAAGAUAAUAAUACAUUCAAGAAUCAAGGUGUUAAGAAGAAUUUACAAUCAGAUAUGUCACCUUGCCACUUCAAAAUCUGCAACAUGGGACGCAAACGGAAUGCCCGCUACUUCGAGGACUAAGUACAGUUAGUUACACGAUGUCGCUAAUGUCACAUUUGUCUAAUAAAGAACGAAAUUCUGAUCGGCCAAAGCUACUUAAAUAGUUCAACUACAUACGUACAUACAUACAUACAAACAUGCACUAACUUAUAGUAUAGAGAAUAUAAUGGAGUUGUUGUAAAUUUGUAGGGAACCCAAUGUUGGGUGGGGGGAGACGUACGAAAAGUAUUUAGCUGUAAUUUAAACAAAUUCAUUCACAUUUAUAUACCGUUUUAAAAAUUAAGAAGAAGAAACAACAACAAAAACUAGAAAGUAUUUAUUGUCUUUAAAUGUAUUCACAUGCACACAUGUACGUAGCGUUAGUUUUACUUAAUAUUUAAACAAAUUAUACACGAUGUGAACACACAUGCAUACAUAUUUAUUGAACAUAAAUACAUACUUACAUACCAAAUUGGCGAGAAAUGUACCACCAAGUUAAGAAAAAUAUAUUGAAAUUUGUUGAAUAC